UCCAAUCAUCUGUCUCUAUUUGGCAGAGAAACAUUUUGAACCUAAACCGUCUUUUGUUUUAACAUCAAGUAGCCUGCUACUUCUGCGCCCUGUGAACAUCAAGAAAAAGUACCUUUUUCAUGCAACAUGGACGAUAUUUUUGAGACAGGACUGACAGAAAAUAGCUUAAACUACAAAACGUCUCUGGGACGAAUCAUAGAAAAGUAUUCAAAGUCCGAAUACCAAGGUGGGGGGAUGUUGGUGGAUUUCAACCGCACAAAAGUCAAAACACUUCUACAACAAAUGACGCAAGCAAGUGUCAUGGUGAACAAGGUGGAAUCAAAGAGCCCGACCGAUUUCCCUGAGGAUUCAGUAAACUCCCAGGACACUACAGGAGAUGAUCAGUUGGACUCAAUGCAUCCAGAGUGGGAGGUUGAUAAGACUUGUGCUUCCCCCUCUCAAUAUUUUGCAGAUGAUGAUGGUCUGUCUAGUAAUGACUUGACUGUGAGCUCGUUGGAUAAGAGUGUAAUUGAGGUCCAGCCUGAGGACCAAGAUGAGGAGCUGGAAAUGACUCUGAAAAGUAACGGCAGCUCUUUGGUGGAGCUCUACCCCAGCAUGAUCAGUCGGAUAGGGAAAGCCUGGCGUCGGCAGCACGUCUCUGAGGCCGCCGACUCGGUGCUGAGGAGGUACCGCAGGUGGCGCCAGCAGCCAAAGAGAAGCGAUCUCAGCAGCACCUUCGUUGUCACGCAGAGACAAACCAAGAGACGCCCAAAAAACACGAUCAGCCAAGCGGCGCUCAGUGAGAUCACCAUCAGUCCUGCGAAAAGGCCGUACAUGGGGGCCCAAACCCUUCAGUCUCCCAUGAAGGUGGUCAGUAUGCAGGAGUCUCCACUGAAGAGGAUGAGAAGAGAACAGCACCAGCCUGUUCUUGUGAUGGACUUCUCCAGGCCCUCCAUUCCAAACGAGACCUCGCUGAAUGAGACCUUCAAUGUGUCUGAAGUAUCCCAGCUGGAAGAACGGCCCUCCAUCGUCAUGUUAAGUCCUUCACGACCUUGUUAUCCCACUGGAAGAGCCUCCAUGGAACCGUCUCCCAGGCCAAGAAGGCUUUCUCUCACUGCAUACUCACCGCAUACUGAUCGCUGCUCCGUGUUCGCUUCAGAACCCGCAGCUGCUAUGGAAAGGUCAGACAUCUACGGCUCCCCGGUCAGGCAGAGUCCCUCACGAGAGAGGCUGAUGAGCGGCCUCAGUCGAUCACCUCAUGCCUUUUCCAGAAGCCCCAGAGCUCAUUCUAUGGAGAGCUUCUCCACAGAGCCUCCAAAGCCCAGAUUCACAUCCAUCCCUCCACAAAAGCCAAUUGUGCCCCUGAGGAUGCUUUACCCACAAAACUCUCCUCGCUGCCUCUUCCCACAGCUGCGUUCACCUCAGCCAGAAGAUCGCCACAGGCUGCGACGCCAUCUUUCCUUUGACUCCUCCCUGCCAGCUAGUCUCUCCUACUCUCCCUCAAAGAAGCUUGACAAGGAAUUUCUAAAGCUCUACCACAAGUUUGUCUGCCAGAGCAAAUCAUCCUUCUUUAAUAAGCACACCUGCCGCAUCUGUGCCAGAAGUUCGGAGGCCAGCAGAGGCCCCUCCUCCUCGUCUCUGGCAGCUCUCGCCUUGUCGCCUCAAUGCUCGGUCCUGAGGAAGCGCCACAGGGAGCUAGACUGGGACAAACGGCCCCAGUCCAAACGAUUCAGGGACGAGUACUGCCCGUCCUCCCCAACGUCCAGAUUCCACAGGAAAGAGAUGCCGAGGCGCCGUCUCUCCACAUCUGAUUAUGAGCAGUCUGAUGAUGGCUUCUUCUACAGCUCCACUAAUCCAAGCAUGUUCCAAAGAUCCGGUCCCCAGCAGCGCUCUGCAGAUCAGGAGACCUGGAUGAAUCGGCGCCACUAUGUGUCUGCAGCUGAUUUCUCUGGCAUGGGAAGUUCACUUGAGAGCAGAAUGGCCAGUUGCUCCUCUCCCAGAAAGUGGUGAUGACCAGUGGCGAUGCCACAGAAGGACUAUCAUUUUGUCAUCAAACAAAUGUAAAAUAGUAUUGUGUUAUGUUACAUUAUUUUCUCAGGUAAUACAGCCAUGUUUAUUUCUGAUCUUUUUAUUGUUAAAUGUGUCAAUAUGCUGUUUCUGAAGGAAAAAAAUACUUAUUGUGAUUGCAGUUACUCUGUUUAUUAUUUCAUGUUUUUAUUAAAUUCAUGUAUAGAUUUAAAGUUCAGAAAACAGACUAUUCAACAACCAGACCCAAAACAAAGAACAUAAUUGUUUUUUAGAUAUAGGUAGAAAAGUAAACUUGAUAAAGAAAAUAAAGACACCUUUUUGGUCACAA